AUGACUAAAGAAGAGACCAUCAAGACUUCGUGGUCUCAAGGGGCACACGAUUCCUGGUCAGGACAGACAAUCUUUUCCCAGAAGUUCCCCAAGAAUGUCGAGUUUAUCAACAAUUUAAAACUCGAUAAAACACUUCAGCCCAAAGAGUACAAGAUAGAAGGAACUCACCAAGAGUCAAAGAUUCUAUUUAAGAACGUCAAUAUUAUUGAGUCUACAGGCCGUGAGCCGUACAGGGGUGAUGUCUUGAUUGAAGGUGAGAAGAUCAGCGCUGUUGGUGAAGUUCCCAACAAGGCAGAACUUGAGAAAGAUUUCACCGUGCGUGUCUUUGAGGGAAGAGGCAGGACACUCAUGUCAGGCCUUGGGGAUGGACAUACCCACUUCACCUGGAAUGGGGGUGACCUCAACAGACUUGGAGAGCUCGAUGUCGAAGAGCAUGUUCUCCUGACAAUCAAGAGUGCUCAAUGCUUUCUUGACUCAGGAUACACCAUGUGUUUUGGGGCAGCUUCAGCUAAAGACCGCCUCGACGUGGUGGUUCGAGACGCUAUCAACGCUGGUGAUAUUCCAGGUCCUCGUUAUCUUGCCAAUGCAAGAGAGAUCGCCAAGACUAAUGGUGAAUUGGUGGCUGGUAUCACGCGAUUUGCAGACGGUCCAGGCGAAAUGCGCGAAGUUAUCAAGUACAACAUCGAAACAAUCGGCGUCGAUAACGUCAAGCUCAGUAUCUCGGGCGAGGAAAUCACCGAGAUUCGCUCAGCACAGGAUUGCUACUUCCAUGACGACGAGAUGGCCGCCUGCGUGGAUGAGGCACAUAAGCGCGGAAAGCGACUAUGUGCACAUGCUCGAGCUAGAGAUUCGGUCAAGAUGUGUGUUAAGCAUGGGGUGGAUGUGAUAUACCAUGGCAGUUACAUUGAUGAUGAAGGCAUGGAAAUGUUAGAACGCGAGCGAGAGAAAUACAUUGUCGUACCAGCUAUCAACUGGCUGGUCGCCACUACCUACGAGGCCGAGGCUUUUGGGUAUACCCACGCUGCUGCGGAGAAAGCGGGAUACAAGCGGGAACUUGACGUUGCGGUUGCAGGACUGCGCGAGAUGCACAGAAGAGGCAUUGUCGUUCUACCAGGAGGUGACUAUGGUUUCGCGUGGACGCCCCACGGAACUUAUGCGCGCGAUCUUGAACAUUUCGUCAAGCUACUCGGUUUCACCCCGCACGAGAGUAUCAUUGCUGCCACCGCUGGUGUUGCUGCUCUCCUGAUGAGGGGCCACGAGCUUGGAAAGAUUCAGCCUGGAUAUUACGCAGAUUGCAUCCUAGUCGAUGGAGAUCCUGUACAAGACAUAUCGAUCCUACAGGAUCACAGUAAACUUGACGUUAUUAUUAUUAACGGUCGAGUUCAUAAAGCAGGAAGGAGAGAGUAUUUUAUGGACUUGUCAGGAUCAUUGUCACAUGGGAUCCCGCAUCAUCUACUAGGGGACUUUCCAGAAAAGAAACCAGCUAUGCAGAAGUCAUUCUAG